GCGUGAGCCGCUACCUUUCCUAAAAAGUGAUUAUUCUAUAAAAAGAAAAUUCGCGAAAGAGGUGAAAUUGCUCAUAAAGAAUAGACAACUUACAUAAUUUUGAUAAAAUGAACUAAGUUCCAGUAAUAAUAAUUACAAGAAAUUUUCGUAAUAAUUCUCAAUUGCUUUUGAAAAUUUUGUGUCAAAUAUGGAUUCGUUUAUGGAGUUCUAUUUUGAAGAAGUGUUCAGUGGUAUGGAACGAGACGGUCUAAACGUGAGGUUCAAGCGAAGGGAACUGGUGGAAUAUUUUAAUGCUGUCAUAGCUGGUUGUGCGAGAGGACAAAAUAAAUCCGACAACGCGACAUGUAAAUCCUUCGUAAAUUGUGCUCUCAGAUAUCACAACCGAUGUAAAUCUGACAAUGGUGAUGUGUGCUUAAUGGGAAAGUACCAUAAUCUGCUGUACAUCGCUAUGAAACUGGCGUUCGAUUGGAGUCUUCAGGACAAUGGAACAGUUGCUGCUUUGUUAGAUGAGCUGCAUGCUUGCGAAGGUACAUUUGAGAGGAUAUUUUUAGGUGCAAUAUUCGGCACAUCAGCACCAUAUUUUUUAGCCGGCUGGAAAUCUGACUUUAUGGAUAGAGAAGAGAAUAUACACGCGCUUGUAUUCUUUCUAGACCACGCUACGAAUGCAAGCUUAGAAUACAAGAAUGGAUCUAAAACCUAUCGUUUCAUAGACGUUCCUUUAGAAAGCUGUGGAAAAGCAUCACCAUUGAGAGUGGUAAUACAAAUGGGAACGUCCGAAAUAUUAAUGAUACUCCUUAGAUUUGGUGCUAGAAUAACAUCGGACCACGUCUCUUCGAACCCAAUCGAAUCAAUCCUUGACAGGCUUAAGGAAUACAACAGGCAAUAUCCUUAUGAAUUGGUUACGUGUCUCAAACUAACGUUAAGAGCUGUGCCAGCGAUUUAUUUUGCUAUUGAUAAAGCAGCGUUAAAGCAUUUGGAGUUGCCAGACGAUUAUAAUUAUCAAAGAAAGCAUGUUUUAGAGAAAUAUGGUGAUAUAUUAGAGGAUCAUCUGAUUCCUGCUUCAAGAUGUGGAUUAAAACCUGUGGAAUUGAAACAUCUGUGCAGAUGUACUAUACGGCAUGUGCUGUGGAAGAAUUUCGAACUACCGUUUGGAAUACGGAAUUUACCUGUGCCUCCAUCAUUGAAAAAGUAUUUGGAUUUGUGUGAUGAUUAGAUGUCUUAAAUUUAUGGAUUUUAUAUGAACCAUGUACAUUAGUAAUAGAACUUCGAUGUGCCUAAGAUACCUUAAUGUUAUUUGUACUAUUUAUUAAACGGUGGAAACUGAU